AAAAAAUUGCAAAGUUUAUUUGCUCAGUGAUUUGUUUCGCGAAUUCGCGCCUUUUCUACAAACACGAUUAUUUUGAUAAAUACAACAAGUUACUAGUGCCUCUUUAGCAUUUUAUGUUCAAAGUUACUAUUACGAUCUAAUAUUAGCCAUACAGCAUCUAUUUAGUGAGUAAAUAUGGCGAGAACUAAAGCCUCAGUCGGCGCUAAAGUAUCUUCGGGCAAAAGCAGCAAGGCUCGCUGCAGCGCCGCGCCCGCCGCCAGCGCCGGCUCCAGCGGAGGUGGCAGCAGCAAGGGGGGCGGUCUGUCGAGCGGCGGCGGCAACCCGGUGUGUCCGCGCGAGACCCCCAAGUGGCAGAGACCCAUCACCAACUUCUUCAUCAACAAGGAGGCGCCGGCCGAAGUGGACGUGGAGAACGGUGGGGAUGAUGGCUCCCCAGAAAAACGAGAAACUAGAAAACCCAAACGUAACAUCAUACAGUCGGACGACGAAGAGGAAGCCUCCAGCCCGCCUAAGAACCGAGAACUAGACGAAUCUAUCAACCUGGAACCUUUAGACGGGGAAAACAGUCACAAGAUCGAAGAGUAUUACCCCAAAAACGGGCCCAAAGGGAAAGGGAUAGGUAAAAAAACUGCCAACAAAGAAAAUUUAAGUGAAAACAACAGAAGGCUAUCGGCUAAGAGAGAUCUGGAAGAUAUCGCUUUUGGUGAAGAGCCAGAACAGGCCAGUAAAAGGAUCAAGGUUAAUUGAUAGUGCACAGGUGUGAAUUUUGUAGAUCUGUUAUGAUUUUUAGGUUUAUAAGGUUUGUUAGUACUUACAUUCUUCUGACAUUGUGUUCAAGCAUAUUUAUGACUA